AGGCAUUUCCAGGAGGAAUGACAGAGGAGAAAAAAGUAGUAAGAAGGAGAGCCCUUGCAAAGUGGCUAAAGGAGAGUAUUUUGAGAUUAGGCCCAACAUUUAUCAAAAUAGGGCAACAGUUUUCUACAAGGGUGGAUAUUCUUGCUCAAGAAUAUGUUGAUCAGCUGUCCGAACUUCAGGUCAAAAUACUUGUCGACCAUAUGAUUCAUGCACCCAUUACACCACUGUAUUGCUCUGUACCAGCCUACUUGCACAAUUUAUUACACACCAACAUUCCUGGCUAUUAUGAGGCAUUCUGGAAGGAGUUGGAUGGUGUCAAGCAAAUCUGGAAGAACAUAAAGCAAAUCUGGAAGAACAGAAAGGAACUCAAAUAGAUUAUUAAUCAUGUAUCGAUGAAUUACAUUCUUUCCUAGAAGUGUCAUAGCCAUUGUAAAUAAUUUAUGUAAACGUUUGUAAAUAAUUUAUGUAUCUCUCUACUAUUUUGGUGAA